UUUUUUGAAUUUUGUUUAUAAAAAAAUACGACAACAGGUCAACAGUUUGUUUGACAAAAUUCAAUUAUGGAUGAAAAUACAAUUCCAGCUCUCGUCGAGAAACUCUGCAGAUCUUUGAGCAGUGGAAAGUCUUCAGAAACUAGUAAAGAAUAUGAAACAAAAUACAAACUCGCGCUUCAGUUGCUGUCGUCCCAACAUCUAUCAUCCCAAACCCAUGAAACAGAGUUUUCCAUUGUCCAAAGUAUCAAGAAACUUCUGGGUACUAAGGAACGCUAUCAAGAUGCUAGGAAGUUUGAUGAACUUUAUGCCAGGCUAACUGCUAGUUCCAUCCUUAAAAACAGAAAAGCUGUUUUGGAAUUGAUGUACUACUUGGCUCUAAAUCCUCCUUCAGCAGCUAAUGAACCUGUAGUUCGUCAUUCUUUCACACUACCAUCAUUGGCAUCAUUUACUACUGAUACCACAACAAUGGUCAAGACACCUAAGAAUACAGAAAUUCCAUAUUCUCCUCUAAUUUCUCUUUCAUCAAGCAAGAAAAGUGCACCACAAACAACUCUUUAUGGUCAUUCAGAUGUCUCCAACCAAGUGUUACUUAGAGAAAUCCUGUACGCCUUCCAGGGAAUACAAGGACAAGUUUUCCAGUGGGAUGCAACCCAUGAAAAUCUUCACCUUAAAUCAACUGUAAAAUUACCAAAAGCUCUGAAGCAGAUGGUACUCAGUUUGGUGGAGUUGGGCUGGCUAUUCUACAAAGUUCAAAAGUAUUGUGAAUCCCCCAAAACGGAAUCCACAUGUGGGUUAGCCGCGAGGGCUUUCGCCGCCGCUUUACAAGAAGAAUUGAGUGAGUACUACAGGCUGCUAGCAGUUCUUCAAUCGCAGAUGGAAGUACAAACUGCUAGAACAGGUGAUAGCGUUGGAGUCGAGACGCAAGGCUUAACAUUCCAGAGGCUGCUAGUAUGGACGAAAGAACCUAAAGCCAGGAUGAAACUUUUGGCCGCUUUGGUGGAAGCGUGCCAUGGUCAACGAGGCGGAGCUCUUGCUUCAGUUAUUCACUCUUUCGUUUUACAAGGCAACGCCACCUUGAAAACUGUCGUGUUGAAAAUUCUCGUCCAAGUGUGUCGUCCGUUAUACGAGAUGUUGAUGCUUUGGACGUUCGAGGGCGAACUCCGCGAUCCUUAUGGUGAAUUCUUCAUCGGCGUGAACCUGGCUGUCGAUCCCGGCAGUUUAUGGAAUGACAAGUAUUAUGAACGAUCAAUCAUGGUGCCUAAUUUCUUCACUCAAGAGCAAGGCCAUCAAGUGGCCACUACCGGAAAGAGUAUUUGCUUCCUGCGCGAGAUUUGCCUGGAUAAAAGCCCCAUACCGGGAUUGAACCAGAUUCGUCGUACAGCUGAAGAGCGUAGCGAAUCGUUGCUUUCCUUGGAUUGGGAGUCCAUAGAAGAAGCUUACAGUACUGCAUCUCAGUACCUGCUGCAAGUCUUGCUGGACCGUUACCAUAUCAAACUCCACUUGUGCGCUCUUCGUCAGUAUCUGUUACUUGGCCAGGGAGAUUUUGUCAAUCAUCUGAUGAAACUUGUCGAGCCCGAGCUGGACAAGCCUGCCAACACACGAAUGAGCCGUUUGUUGGCUUCCAUUCUCGACAAGUGCAUUCGCUGCACCAACAGCCAGUACGACGAUGCGGAUGUUUUGAAACGACUUGACGUGCGCAUCAGCGAACCGUCGCAAGGUGACAGCGGAUGGGAUGUCUUUAGUCUCGACUACAAAGUAGACGGGCCGCUAGGAACUAUUCUCACGCCUGAAGUAAAAACUCGUUACGAGACUCUCUUUUACGCCCUUUGGCGUUCGAAGCGCAUGGAAUGGAUCAUGUCCAAGUUGCGCCACCAACAGCUAACGGAAGGACGGCAGCUAAGGGGCUUAUUAGAGGUUCAAGGAGUCUUGCAUCAAGCCCAGUUGCUGCUCUCCGAAAUGAUCCAUUUCGCCCAGGAAAUGUCGCACUACCUGUCGUUCGAGGUGGUGGCCUGCGCCUGGGAGCAGCUUAGCGUCGCCUUAUGCAAUUCAAAAACCAUGGAGCAACUUUUGACGGCCCACGAACACUUUUUGCAGACGGUGACCAGCCGUGCGCUCCUCGACGAAGAAUCAAAGGAUAUACGGGAUCAUUUGAGGGGCAUCCAUGAAGCCAUGUUGCAAUUCAGCCAAAUUCAAGAGCGACUUUUCUCAGCCGCCAUACUCGAAGUUGAAAAACGACAGGGGAAAUCCAAAUCGACCAUCGAGUCUUUCCUCCCGAGCAUUAAAGCCAAAUUGUGUGCCAUCAGCGCCUCUUACCAGAACUUUGUGCAGACGUUUCUGUUCAUGCUGUCGUCUCAUUCCGACCCCAAUCUACAAGGUCUUGGCGUCCGUUUGGAUUUUAACGAAUGCUACCAGCGUAAAGACUCCCGGUUGAGCAUGUCUUUGACAUUCUCCUACCGAAGAAUGACUACUUGGUCUUUCCCUUCUCAACAGCACUAAAGAUGGCGACAAUAAAUUGCAUCUUUUCUAUACAUCCACUCUUUUUGUGCCAACAACUUGACUCUGUUUAAGGUAACAAAAGAAUGUAUUGCGUGGCCGGGAAGAGACAUAAGAGAAUGUUACGCUUUUUUUGUGUGUGGUGGUGUGUUUGUGUGUGUAAUCUUCUGAUAAUAACUGGGGUUUUGGAUGAGGGACGGGGGUGGGGUAGAAGACAAAAUAAGGGAGGGAGAAGAGCAGCAAUACGGUCGGGUCGUCAGAGACCCUGAAUGUGUUUGCGUGAA